CGGAGGGAAUUAAAUGUUUAGUGAAACAACAAGCAGCAGGAAUCGGAUCAUAUUCUUACUAAUAGGGAGUUAAUAAUAAACAUUUUAUGAGUGGAAAGCUCGUACGAGUUACCCAAUGUUCAUGUUCAAGUCCAGUAGCAAUCCAGUGGCUCCCAGUGCUGUUGAGCCAGGCUGAUUAACAUAUUCUGAUACUGACGAUUAACGGGUAUAGCUCGUGCAUAGCGACUUCAGCCUCAGCGUUGGCAACAUGGUUCAUGGUGGUAUGUGCAAUGGAUAGCUCGGCCUGGCCAGCGUUAUAUCAAUUUAUUCUUCAGAUUUGUGCGUGAAUAUACAAUAAUCCGUCAGGAUGGCUGUUACAAAUUCAUCGGCUCAGGAUGCUAUUGAUGACUGCCUCAAUAACAGAAAAUGGCACGUUUUCCUUGCUUCAAGCUUGAUCGUUUUUCUUGGCGGUCUAAUUGUGAUUUUUAUAUGGAGAAUAUUCGCUUACCUUUUCUGUCGGAAGAGAGACCGGCAGGUUCUCAAAAGGACUGGCAGUCCACAGAAGGGGGCUUUCCAGAAGUCCCCUGACCCAGAGAUAGGAUGGAUGACCGAGGCGAAAGACUGGGCGGGAGAGCUCAUAUCUGGUCAAACAACCACUGGGCGAAUCUUGGUUGUACUGGUGUUUUUUCUCAGCAUAGCAUCCUUAAUUAUCUACUUCAUUGACGCAUCAAAAGAACAUGAGAUUCAGGAUGAUGAAGGUUUAUACAUAGGAGAAGAAAAACAUGAACGUAACGCUUAUGUAGAAAAAUGUCACCUAUGGUCGGAGAAUACGAUGCAACAAGUAGAUUUAGCCUUCAAUGUCUUCUUCAUGAUAUAUUUUUUCAUAAGGUUUGUGGCAGCAGCAGACAAGUUCUGGUUCUGGUUGGAAGUCUACUCGUUGGUCGACUACUUCACCAUUCCGCCGUCUUUUGUAGCCAUCUACCUGAACAGGUCAUGGAUUGGUUUGAGAUUCACGAGAGCCCUCCGUCUUAUGACCCUCCCUGAUGUCCUUCAGUACCUCAACAUCCUACAGACUAGUAAUUCUAUCAGACUCGCCCAGCUGGUCACCAUCUUCAGCAGUACUUGGUUGACUGCCUCAGGCUUCAUUCAUUUAGUUGAAAACUCUGGUGAUCCGUUCUACAACUUUUCCAACAAACAUUCCAUGUCCUACUGGGAAUGCGUCUACUUCCUUAUAGUCACAAUGUCAACCGUCGGAUAUGGUGAUGUCGCGUGCGAGACUGUCCUCGGACGAUUCUUCAUGGCGUUCUUCAUCCUCGGUGGAUUGGCAAUGUUUGCGAAGGCUGUUCCUGAAAUUAUUGAUAUUAUGGGCCAAAGAAAGAAAUUUGGCGGGAGUUAUAGAAAAGAGUCCGGUAAAAAACACAUUGUGGUUUGUGGUCAUAUCACGUUCGAUUCGGUGUCCAACUUCCUCAGUGACUUCUUACACAAGGACCGAGAAGAUGUGGAUGUAGAAAUUGUUUUCUUACACAAGCAACCACCGGACUUAGAGUUGGAGGGUCUCUUCAAAAGACAUUUCACGCAAGUGGAGUUCUUUCUUGGUACUGUGAUGGAUUCAAAUGAUUUAGAGAGAGUUUGUAUCAAAGAGGCAGAUGCUUGUCUUGUUCUGGCAAAUAAAUACUGCGAGGAUCCGGACGCGGAAGAUGCAGCUAACAUCAUGCGUGUGAUAUCUAUAAAAAACUAUCAUUCAGACAUCAAGGUCAUAGUGCAACUCAUGCAAUAUCAUAACAAGGCAUACUUACUGAACAUCCCAAGUUGGGACUGGAAGCGAGGUGAUGAUGCUGUCUGUUUAGCGGAAUUGAAGCUAGGUUUUAUUGCGCAGAGUUGCCUAGCGCCUGGUUUCUCAACGCUAAUGGCUAACCUCUUCACAAUGAGGUCUUACAAGCUGUCUCCAGAUAUGCCACAAUGGCAGAAUGACUAUCUGAGGGGUACCGGGAUGGAGAUGUACACGGAAUAUUUGUCAAGUGCUUUUGUAGGCAUGACCUUUCCGCAAGCUGCUGAGAUGUGUUUUUCUCGCCUUAAGCUGCUGUUGAUAGCAAUCGAGGCGCGUAGCGAGGACCAGAAGGACAGUUGUAUAGCGAUUAAUCCUGGCCCAAAUAUCAAAAUAGAGCAAGCAACACAAGGGUUCUUUAUUGCACAAUCUGCAGAAGAAGUGAAAAGAGCAUGUUAUUUUUGCAAGAGUUGUCAUGGCGAUGUGUCAGAUGUCAGGGCCAUCAAGAAGUGUCGGUGCAAAGGCUUGAAGCUGUUCAAAUCAGGAGCCAAUGCCGUGAUAGUGUCAAACGCAGCCAAAACUGGCGUGCAGUACUUAGCCAUGGCAGUUUUAGAAGGCACAGGCAUCCAAGUCCCACGACGACUCUCCCUUCCACAGUCGAGUCUACUCGGUAUAAAAAAUCCCGAUUAUCAUCACGACUCGGGUUCUGAUGAUAAUGACGACACAGAAAGUAUGGCCAAUUCCAGGAGUGCAAAUCACAACCACGAAGUCAACAUGCCAGCGUCCCAGUUGAUAGCCAAGUUAAAAGCAGCCCAGGAUAAUGGUAACCUCUCCCCCACAGAAUCACCGACCAAACCACCCCACCAUCGAUUGGUAUCUUCGAGCCCGACUAGUAAUAGUGGUCCAGCAAUCAUGACCAUAAGUGGAAUCGGUUGUGCGUUGACCACUUCCUUAAGAUUCUUGAACAAAAGCUUCAGUGAAUCUUUUGAUCACUCUACGCGGGAAGAGCGGGAACCGCUAAACAAACGGAGGGAAAAGCCAAACAGUCCCACCCAUGGUGCGUUGCCGCCAAUAGAAAAAGGGAACAAGGAGAGCCUGGGACCUCACACUGGCAUUAAUCCGACCGCCCCACCCCCUGGAGACCAAAGGAGAUUCGAUUCCACUGGAAUGUUUCACUGGUGCCCUGAGAGAAAAUUCGAAGAAAUCCUUAUAGACCGUGAUCAAGCCGCAUUGACUAUCCUCAGCAACCAUGUGGUUGUGUGUUUGUUUGCCGAUCCUCAUUCGCCCCUCAUAGGGUUACGAAAUCUCGUCAUGCCACUUCGAGCUAGUAAUUUCCACUUUCAUGAGUUGAAACAUGUUGUCAUCGUUGGUAACGGUGAAUACAUUCGACGAGAGUGGAAGACGUUACAAAACUUUCCAAAGAUCUCAAUUUUAACGGGUUCUCCUUUGAAUCGAGCCAAUCUUCGAGCGGUGAACAUCAACCUCUGUGAUAUGUGUGUGAUAUUAUCGGCCAGAAAAACUGCAUCAGAAGAUCCCACCCUAGUCGACAAGGAGGCCAUUUUGUGUUCUCUCAACAUCAAAGCGAUGACGUUCGACGAUAGUAUCGGUCUGCUGCAGGCGGCAAGUCAACCUCAGAGUCUGGGUUUCCUGCCUCCAGGCCUGUCGCCGCUGGGGUCACCAGUCAAAAAUGCAAAUACGAGGCGGGGAUCAACAUUUGGGGCCAAUAUCCCCAUGAUAACGGAAUUAGCCAAUGAUAGUAAUGUACAAUUCUUGGAUCAGGAUGAUGAUGAUGACCCUGAUACUGAACUCUAUAUGACUCAACCUUUUGCCUGUGGUACAGCAUUUGCUGUCAGUGUACUGGAUUCACUUAUGAGUACAACGUAUUUUAAUGAUAACGCCUUGACGUUGAUAAGAACGUUAAUAACGGGUGGUGCUACGCCGGAACUAGAACAAAUUCUCGCCGAGGGAGCCGGGAUGCGGGGAGGUUACAGUACGCCAGAAACGUUAGCCAAUCGAAAUCGAUGCCGCGUAAAACAAAUAUCAUUGUUCGAAGGACCACUUUCACAAUAUGGGUGUACUUGCCGAUCUCGGGAGGGAGGGAAAUAUGGUGAACUAUUUCAAGCAGCGCUGAAGAAUUACGGCAUCCUGUGUAUUGGUCUGUACCGGUUUAGAGACACAAACUCAUCUGUGCGGAGCCCAUCAUCAAAAAGAUACGUGAUUACGAACCCACCUGACGAUUUUGCUUUAUUACCAACAGAUCAGGUUUUCUGUUUUGUAUCUAGCAACCUAGACUUAACGGAGAGCCCCGAGUCGCGGAAUGAGAAACGUAUUCUGUCUACAACCGUUUGAUAAAGCAAACACAACCGCUCGACAGCAGAGCAUCGCGAAAAACCUAGCUAAGAAGCGACGGGAGCAACUGGAAAACUUAACAUAUGGAAACGUGGAAGUUUGAAAAAGACAAGUGAUGUUUAAAAGUGGACAGGGGACUUUAAAAAGUCAAUUACUCAAUCACUAAAUAUUUUUGUUCUGACGAUAUGAAAUUAAGUUAGAAUGAGACGUCAAGUUUUGUAAAUAACAACAAUGGAGUAAGUGAUCGUUUCCACGGAUCUCUUAAAGAGAUCCACUCACAAAUGUAUCCCGGGUCAUCAAAGCGCUUCACUCUUGCGGCACUUUUAAGAUCGACUUCACCAAAAAAGGAACAACGGACUUAUGUUAUUCAAUCAGAAUAAGCAACCUGUGGGAUUUUUGUACAUAAUAUUAGAUGGUACUUUCUGUGAUACAUUGUGUGCAUAUUAAAUAGGCAAAACAUUUUCAGUGAGGGUUAUUCAAUCUUAUUGUGCUAAAGUACUUUAAAGCCUCCAUGAGUUUCAUUGUCACCAAUUUCACCUCACUAUAUGAGUAGAUUACAUCUCUACCCCAUCAGUUAAAGACAGGAACUGUUUUGAUGUAAAAUGUGGCACACAUUUGAGAAGUUCCUCUGCUGACCACCAGGAUCUCUCGUGGUCAGUAUCCCAUGUGUGUGGUAGUCUGUGCCUCCCCCCACCACGAGCAUUUCAAUUUCAAGACUCGCACUUAAGACACUUAUAUUGACUUAUUUUUGAACAAUCUUUGUGAAGUGGGGAAAAACCGAGUCAGAUUCAUAGUUGUCACACGGCAGGUUACUUUCAGGAUUACUUAUUACUUGCACCGUACUUAAAUAUGAGUGUACAGAUCUGAAUAUUUCUGGCAGAAAAUGUCAAAAUCCUGUUAGUGUUUUGUUUAUUUUAAAUUUUUUGUGGGAAUUAAAUUUAAAACUAUUUGAUUUUAUGCAAUUUUUAUGUCAUGUUUGUCUAUCUGAUUUUAAAACUUGUUGUCAUUAAUGAAUCAACAGUGCCUACGACCUAGUUGGCCAUAAAAUGCCGGCUCCAUAUUCUAAUGAAAUUGGUUGAAAAUAUUGCUGCUCUAGUCUUUUCAUUUUGUGCGUCAUCUUGUUGCUAAUACUGUGUUGUUCAGAGGUAACACUCAUUGCAGGACAACACUACUACACGCAGGUCUUUUUAGCUUGAUGAUACAAGUCCCAACUGUGUUGCAUUGGUGCUGUACAUCUUGGAAUGAAUACUGAUUUGUUUACCUUUCAAACAAGCAUAGCCAAACAUAAAAAAACAAAACAUUGUACAAAUUCAGUAUUCUAUGCUUCAUAUGCUCAGAAGGUUUUAUUGCUAAGGGCUAUUUUCCGUACCCUACUUUUUGGGGGUUUCUUUUGCAACUUUGUACAGGAACACAUUUCAAGAGUUGCUUUUCUUAAUUUGCACAUCUGUACUAUAAUUUUUCGCACAUUGCUAUAAUAGAUUUAAAGAUGGAGUUAUAUUUUAUUCAAAUGGCAAAUAAAGUGGACAGUGGAUUCAAAAAUGAGUUGUUUUAGAAAGAUAGGGUAUAUUUUGAAUGGGGGUACAAUCAUGGUUAUAGUUACAUGUAAAUUUGUACAUUAAGAAAGUUAGAGGUUUUGAGAAAACAGCAUUUUGAUACACUGCACUUGAUUACAUCCUGGAAUGAGUUACUUUCUCUCAAAGAAGUUGUUGCAUUUAUUUGUUGAAGUAAUAUCUUUACGUUUAUUCCUUUUAUGGUAUGUCAACGAAACAGUCUGUGAAUUUGGACAGUUGUUUAAGUCUGAUCUAGUUUUAGCUGGUUGAUUUGUCUAAAGCCUGCUGCAGACAAGUUCAGCGAUUCUUGUUGCAUGCCGCAACAAAAUGCACUUCUCUACAAAGCAGCAAUUUCUUGAACGUCGCUGCAUCAAAAUUAGAUACUCUGCGACAGAUAUGUUAUAAGAAAGGCUUAAUGCACUGGUUGAAUUUAUUGGCUGUAAAGUUUUUUAUUGCAGAGUUUUAAGCUAAAAAGAUGUUUAUCAUGUUGGAUUGUUCUUAUCCAAGUUGUUCUUGCAUCAAACCAUGUAGGGUAAAGUGGUACAGUUAUGGCAUGAGUACAAUUAUAACCACUAUGUGCACCUAAUGUGUACAGCCAGCUGUUCUCUACUCUCUAAACGAUAAUGGCACCACUGUACCUUACCUUUCACUUAAUUGUACCACAUCAAGUUGUACGAGACCUAUUUGUACAUAGAUUAUAUAAAUAUAUGUAUAUAUUUGAAGUUUCUGUAAACCUUUGAAUAACAUUAUACCCAAGUUUAUGUCAAUGCUGUCUGUUACAAUUGUUUUGUUAUAAAACGGCAAUGGCUUAAAAGUUUGUUACUUCACACUUUAUUAUUGGGUGGAAAUGCACUACAAGUUAAAAUAAUUCACCUUUGCAUAAUUGUAAGUUAUUGUCUGUUUCUGCCAUGUGUAUGAAUUGUUUUUUUUAUGAACUUUGUAAAUACAAUCAUGUCUGUGUUAAAGCUUUGUAGGCUGAUGGUAAUCUUUACGAUUUACUUGAAAUGUUGGCAACUCCGAUGAUACAUUUGGGUGAAACUAAACUAUUUGUGAUUAUAUCCUUUUGAGUGAGGUUAUCAAGUUAAGAAAAAGAACUGGAUCAAAGUUUUUUCACCAAAAAAUCUGAAUCUAGAGUAAAACAAUAAAAAUAGGAGUUUAAACAACCCUGUCAAAAAUCUUUGGCGGGAUUAGCUUUCUUUGAUUAAUCAUAGGAGUUUCAAGAACCCCACAGGCAGUUGAUCAUGUGAGCUUGCAUAUAUGUUUAUGUAACAUUUUGGACUCAAGUCUCUGAAUGGUACGAGAGGUAGGUAUUAAAGCUGCUAGUCAGAAUAAGGAUUUUGUACUCAUAAUUGACCAUUUUAAAUUUUAGUUAUUCUCCAUAGAAUACAUAGAUUUGUAUUGAAUACAUAGAUUGCCAUCAGCCUUUUGGAAGUUUGACCUUUUGUGCCCCCGAUAUAAUGCCGUUGCAUCAACGAUGCCAAAUUGUUGUCGGAUUAUGAAUCAUUAAUGUAACAUAUUUUAUGACUGGUCUGUGAAUGUUCCUCAGUAGAUUGUAUAUAUAUCAAAAUCCCAGCCUUUGAUGAUGAUAAUUUGAAGUGUUGUGAGUUACAGUUUCUGCCCUGACCCAAAAUUACUCACAAAUUUGACCCACCACAUCACAGCUAAUCAGGUAGUAAGUCGUCAGGCCUAGGAUAUAUUUCUCACAGACCUUGGGGGAGGGGGGGGGAUUGUAACGAAUAUUCUUUCAAAUGCAAAAUCCCAUUAUGUGUCUAAGUGUUACAUGUAUGUGGAUAAUCAGCAUUUUCAUUUUAACUGUAAAUAAUCAACUAAGAAUUGUGUCAUAAUAAUAAUUGUAUUCUCUCUAUUUUAUGCAUCUUUUUUUUUCUUGUUAAAAUGUAAGGCCUGCGCUUUGCUCUGAAUACCUUAUGUACUUUAAAACUCAAAAUACCAUUCUUUAAUACAGAAAAGGACUAGUUUCAUGUGAUGUAUAUUAUAUUUUUGAUUAGCAUUAAAAAUAAAAACUAAGACAAAAUCGAUCAUUCGUAGACAGGAGCCAAAGCAUGCUUUGAUGUAAGGUAAAGUUGUGCAGUUAUAACCUCUAUACUGUGUGGAAAAGAGCUAGCAGUACACACUAAGAGAUUGAUGCUGUAUUUGUCCUGAGGUUGUAAUUGUACCAUCCUACCUUAUGUUUCAGAAGAGUAAAUAGAUUAAAGAAAUGUACACCAUUGUUUCUUAUAGACAGAUUGGGAAUAACCUCUUUGAGUACAAUUCACAGAAUACUAACUAUAGGUGAAUCAUGAGUUGUUCAUGCUUGUGGUCGGCCUCUGCAGAUUAAUGAUUUAACACUGGGUACCAUGGUCUCCAUCAUGAACCUUGUUGAUUCUUCACCCAAAGCCAAAAUUCGUGGCUCUUAUACAGAAAUAUGCUCACUCACCCCCUUACUUCAUAGAAGGGAUACAAACUUGCUUUCUUUUCCCUUGUGGCCCAAUUUCAUGGGAUUUGCAUCCGAUACAGCAAAAUUGAAAGUAAAAGACAUGUUGGAAACUUUUGAAAUUUCUCUUUAUGUUAAAAAAGAGUUCAAAAAGGGAAGUGCACUUAGCACUAUUCUGCAUAUGAUCCUCGAUUUCCUGGUAUAUACAGUGGAAUCUCCCCAAGCGGACACCUCUGCAAGAGGACAGCCCUCUAUACUAAGGAUACUGAUUUUGGUCCCAAAUUGUUCAAUUCUAUUUCUCUUUAUGUUAAAAAAGAGUUCAAAAAGGGAAGUGCACUUAGCACUUUUCUGCAUAUGAUCCUCGAUUUCCUGGUAUAUACAGUGGAAUCUCCCUAAGCGGACACCUCUGCAAGAGGACAGCCCUCUAUACUAAGGACACUGAUUUUGGUCCCAAAUUUUCAAUUCUAUUCAAUUUGACAUCUGUAAUCACUAAACCUCUUUAUCAAGGACAGCAAUUGGCAGUCCUUAGGGUGUAUGCUAUAGAGAGGUUCUACUGUAUAAUGUUGUUCAUUUGUAUUUCAUUGGGCUGCCUUUGUCUAGUCAUAUUUAUCAUCACUUAAACUAGAGAAAGAAUAAACUUCGUGUUUGUAAUUUUUGCAAA